CUUGUUUGUUUCAUGAACAUCAGUGUAGGCAAUACAUGCUAUGGAAAAUGCAUUAUCAUUUUUGUUGUUAACACGAUCUCGAAGAAGUGCUCUUGUUUUAUAAAAUUUGGCAUUAAAUUACGAACAAUCUCAGUCUCACGUUUUGACAGAAACUACAUGAUUAUGUUGAAUUACGAUUAAAAUAUGUAAUUCACAACCUGAUAGGCCAUUUUUCACUCUGUUUUCAUCGUUUAUUUUAAUUUGUGUACGUCGGUAGACCUGAUUUGCCCUUUACACUCGUCAAAAUCCUGUCUGGAAUUUGCACCCUUGACCUCCGUGGACCGCCCUUUGCUAUGAGGGUGGGAGGUAAAUUACAUAAGUAACUAUUACUAUCUCGUCGGGUGGCACUCAGCUAGUUCAGAGUUGAGUAGUACAUUUUACAACCAAAAUUUAGAUAAUUUUUACAAAAUGGCCUUACCUGUGUUGAUAUUGAAAAGCAGUUUUUCCUCUUCUGCAGCCAUGGCUGGCGCAAUAAAGCACGUCACCAUAAUUGGUGGUGGAUUAAUGGGUUCUGGUAUCGCUCAGGUUGCUGCUCAAACGGGACAUCAAGUAACUCUAGUAGAAGUGAACGAUGCAGCCUUGCAAAAAGCUCAUUCAAGUAUCCAAGGAAGCUUGCAGAGGGUUGUGAAGAAACUUUACAAAGAUAAACCUGCUGAUGGUGAAAAGUUUUUAAAAGAAUCAUUGGCCCGAAUUACAACUUCGUUGAAUGCAGAAGAUGCUGUUAAGAACACAGACCUUGUUGUGGAAGCUAUUGUUGAAAACCUGAGCAUCAAACAUAAGCUCUUUUCAUCCCUUGAUAAGGUGGCUCCGAAACAUACAAUAUUUGCUUCCAAUACAUCAUCUCUUCCUAUUCAAGAUAUUGCUUCAGUUACUAACAGGAAAGAUCGAUUUGGAGGAUUACAUUUCUUUAAUCCUGUUCCAGUAAUGAAAUUGCUUGAGGUUAUUCGAACUUCAGAUACUUCUGAUGAAACAUACGAGAAAAUGAUGGAAUGGGGAAAGAACAUGGGGAAAACUACUGUUACCUGCAAAGAUACUCCUGGAUUUGUUGUGAACAGAUUGUUGGUUCCUUAUUUGGCAGAAGCUUUACGGAUGCUUGAGAGAGGUGAUGCUUCUGCCCGUGACAUUGACACUGCAAUGAAAUUAGGUGCUGGCUACCCUAUGGGCCCACUUGAAUUAGGCGAUUAUGUUGGUUUAGACACUACAAAAUUCAUUCUGGAUGGAUGGCAUAAGAAAUUCCCUAAUGAGCAGCUCUUUCAACCAAUUCCUUUUCUCGACAAAUUGGUUUCAGAGGGAAAAUUAGGCAAAAAGAGUGGGGAAGGUAUUUACAAGUAUUAGAAGACUUUGAAAAAUUCUGCAGAACUGAAAUUGUAUUUUUGUAUUGGCAUUGGCAACUUUUGUACAAUUCAAGAUUGUGCCCAUAAUAAUGUUUGACUUUUGAAAUGUGUGUUAUGUUUUGUUUUUUUCAUGUACUUUUCCUUGUAUCAGAGAUUUAAAAGUUAAAUGUUAUUUUUAUACUUCUUUAUUAUGUAUAAUUUGUUUUUGUUGUCAUAAACACUUGAAAAAUUUCCUUACUUGAAAAUUUUUCCAUACAGAUGAUGCUUAUUUUGAAUACAAGUGAAUCAUAUUCAAUAUUUUCUUGCUAAGAUUGUUUGAAGUGCUCUUCAGGACAGAUUUAUUCACAACUAUGUGCUUCAAAAUUAUCCAUGAAUUAAAUAAAAAUAACCACUCAUUGGGAAG